UGCUCAGACCAAGACAUAUGUACGGUUCACAUGGCUGAUCAUUGUAAAGGGCCUGCACCUCAAACGUCACAGUGUAGCUACUACAACCCUCAAACUCCAAAAGAUAUUCCUAAUGUUACCUCAGAACAGCUGAACAGAGAUUUGGUUGAAGGCGAUAAUAAUGUUGAAAUAAAAUGCAAAAUCGAGUCUAACCCACCAGCAUGUGUCACAUGGCUGUUCAAUGGUGAAAAUAUUCAAAAAUUUAUAUGGUCAGACUUCUAUGGUGCAACAAUUCCUCGUAUAGAUUACAGUCCACCAAGUAGCACUUUAAAACUGUAUUCUAUAAAACCUGAUCUACAUCGUGGUCAAUACACAUGCCAUGCAUCUAACGCUAUUGGUCAGACAAACUAUAUGUUUCGCGUCAGUGUGGCAGCCAUAAUUACGUUUAAGUGCCCGGACAACAAGGAAUCUGCAUAUUUGGGCUCAAGCUUCAACAUAACCUGCAAGGUUUACUCAAACUAUCCAGUGCGUACUGUGGAUUAUCGACGAGGAGGCCGUCGAGUUGAAGACGAUAGUCGUCAUGAGCUUUACCAGAAUCCAAAUUAUCUAAAUCAGUUUACAAUGAUGAUUAAAAAUGUCAGCCAUGAAGACGCAGGAACUUGGGAACUAUACGCACAUAACAGUCCUAACCAUCCGGAGAUAAAAAACAUUACAAUCCAAGUUGUGCCUUGUCCUAGAGGUUUUUAUUGUCCUCUGAAUGAGAGUACUCCAAGACGAUGUCCUCCCAGAACAUACAACGAUGGAACAACCAACAUAACAUAUUCUUGCAAAGCCUGUCCCAAUGUAUUCACAUCCAACAAGAAUUUAUUUCCCAGUGGACCAGCAAAAUCUAUUGAAGAUUGUCCAAAAACAGAUAAACCAGACACUUCGCAAGAUAAAUUAGGUCCCAGAAUCAGUGCAGUUGUCUUCCCCACAGCACUUGUCAUAGUAGUGAUCUUGAUAGGGUUGUCUUGCUUGAGAAGAAUGAGGCGAAACCUACCUUGGCAAGGUAAUUGAUAUAACAACCAACCAAGGCAUUCCCGACGUUGUCCCAUUGUUUUGAUACUUAGCAACUACUUCUUUAUCGUUCUUUCUGUGCCUCCCAUUAGAAUUAUU